AGCCUAUCACAGUCCGCGGUGCUGCUGUACUGGGCGUGAAUACACGAGCCUCGUUUUUCUUGACUUUUCCGUCCAUUUCAGUUCAUCGUCACUACCACCAUCCUUUUUAACCGGGACAACAUGGCUACUGCGGCGAGCCGUUACUACAGCGAAGACGGUAGGGCAACGAAACGACAGAAAACCGACGGAAUGGCCACGGGAUAUGAAGAUCCGCACAAGACCCUUCCGUCUGUCGUGGUGCAUGUCCGGGGUCUGGUGGACGGGGUUACGGAGGCUGAUCUUGUGGAGGCCUUGCAAGAAUUUGGAGCAAUCAGCUAUGUGGUGGUGAUGCCCAAGAAGCGCCAGGCACUGGUGGAGUACGAAGACAUGAACGGGGCAUCCACAGCCGUAACCUAUGCUGCAGACAACCAAGUUUACAUCGCCGGCCACCCAGCCUUUAUCAACUACUCUACCAGCCAGAAGAUCUCGAGGCCGGGAGACUCCGAUGACUCUCGAAGUGUUAACAAUGUUCUUCUGCUCACCAUCAUGAACCCAAUCUACCCCAUCACCUCGGAUGUCCUCUACACCAUCUGCAACAACUGUGGGCCUGUCCAAAGAAUCGUCAUCUUCAGGAAGAACGGCGUCCAAGCGAUGGUUGAAUUUGACUCUGUGCAAAGCGCCCAGCGCGCCAAGGCAUCACUCAAUGGCGCAGACAUCUACUCUGGUUGCUGCACGCUGAAGAUCGAGUACGCCAAGCCCACUCGCCUGAACGUGUUCAAGAAUGACCAAGACACCUGGGACUACACAAACCCCAACCUGGGAGGCCCAGAUGGUGAUGCAGAUGGCAAUGGGAGCAAUUCAGAAGAUGUAAAUGCCAACCCCAACAAGCGCCAGAGACAGCCUGCUCUGCUGGGCGACCACCCUCCAGACUACGGAGGUGGUUACCACGGCUAUGACGAGAGCUACGGCUCCCCACCCUAUGAGGGUCGCCGCAUGGGUCCACCAAUGAGAGGGCGCGGCGGGAGAAGCUACGGGCCGAGCUACGGACCUCCUCCCCCUCCUCCUGGCGAGUACGGCGGCCACGCUGAGUCACCAGUCGUCAUGUUGUACGGACUGGAGCCUGUCAAGAUGAACGCAGACCGUGUCUUCAAUAUCUUUUGUCUCUAUGGCAACGUAGAGCGGGUGAAGUUCAUGAAGAGUAAGCCUGGGGCAGCCAUGGUGGAAAUGGGAGACUGCUAUGCAGUGGAUCGCGCCAUCACUCACCUCAACAACAACUUUCUCUUUGGACAGAGACUGAAUGUGUGUGUUUCCAAGCAGCAAGCCAUCGUACCUGGCCAGUGCUAUGACCUGGAGGAUGGCUCCACCAGUUUCAAAGACUUCCACGGCUCCAGGAACAACCGCUUCACGUCGCCAGAACAGGCGGCCAAAAACCGCAUCCAGCACCCGAGCAACGUGUUGCACUUCUUCAACGCCCAGCCAGACGUCACGCCAGAGAUUUUCAAUCAGAUUUGUGAUGAGAUUGGUGUCAAGAGCCCCGUCAACGUCAAAAUGUUCACAGGAAAGAGUGGUGCAGCUCCCAGCGACCGCAGCGCGUCAGGCCUCCUGGAGUGGGAGUCCAUCAAUGACGCCAUGGAGGCCCUGGCCAUGAUGAACCACUACCAGAUGAAAAAUGCAGGUAUGGGUGUGAAACGAGGGGAAAUCGCUCCCCAGUUUACAAACUCAUCAACUGAUUCGGACCAGAGCAAACAAACUAUAGCUGGUCCUUACCCUUACACCCUCAAACUGUGCUUCUCCACCGUUCAGCACGCCAACUGAGCGCUCCCUUGUAGCCAGUAAGAUGAAGAUUGGUCAACCAUUCCCAUGUUCACAUGUAUUUAGACCAUGACUGCUUGCAACACGCCUGGAGAUAGUUUUCAAAAAUUCCUAAAAUAUUGUGAAAUCAAUUUUCACAAUGCAAUUGAUCCCUAAAGUGCAAACUCCUCCUAUUUGAUAUAUUAAGUAGAUCUAACAAAUGCUAACAGGCAUUUAAACGUUUGGAUAUUUAUGCCCCAGAUGUGGUUUAUAGAGUAUCAGUACUUGUGUCUUCACGAUUUAAGUUGUCCUUUUUACUUUUUGUAUUAUGCUUAAAACAGUAACCUGAAAUGUGAGAAGGCGCGUUUUGAAAGAAUUGGUUUUAUGCUAAUCCUAUGGUUGGUGGCAGUGGACAACAUGGUUUUGUAAAAGAGUCGCUUUUGAAACUUUUAUUAUAGCUCACUUUUCGUUUUGUUUUAAGUGCUACCUAUUCAGUUCUGCGUCUCCGUGUCUGAUAUGCAGAUGGAGAAUUGUUUUGUUGUAAGAAAAUAAAAUUUAAAAGUUU